GCGCAGUUUGUGACGCGCACCAUCACCGAGAACCGGGUCGUCGUCUUCUCCAAGUCGUACUGCCCCUACAGCAUGCGCGGCAAGGCCGUCAUGCGGCGGCACCUGGGCGAGGGCGGCGUGGCGGUGGUGGAGCUGGAUGAGCGGGACGACAUGGCUGAGCUGCAGGAUGAGCUGCAGCACGUCACGGGCGGCCGCACCGUGCCCCGGAUCUUUGUGGACCAGCAGUUCAUCGGCGGCGCCGACGAUGUGGCCGCGCUGGACAGCAGCGGCGAGCUGGAGCGG